CCAUGGAUACCCUCCCAUUUGGUUGGACGGUGCACAAAGGUGACCAGGAGGGACAUGAGUCUGGACUGUUGAAGGAGGGAGUCGUGGACAACAACACCAGCACACACGUCCACGAUCUGUUUCAUGAAGACGCACAGGGUUUCCAGCAGGCGAGCCAGCCGUGGUGGAGGAUCAAGGUGUUCGUGUGGGAGCCGGUGCUGUUCGGCACCUGGGACGGAGUUUUCACCACCUGCAUGAUCAACAUUUUCGGUGUGGUUUUAUUCCUGCGCACUGGCUACCUGGUGGUGCGUUCACACUUCGUUUUACUCUCCAUAUCUGUGCCUGUAGCCAGUCCUACAACCAGAUCCAAGCAUGGUUUCAUUGGUUAUUCAGUCGGACUGCUAAACAGCAACACAAAGCCUGAUUACACUCCUGGAGAAAACUUCUUCACUGUAUUUGGGGUCUUCUUCCCUGCUGCUACAGGGGUAAUGGCAGGCUUCAACAUGAGCUCAGACCUUCAGCGGCCAGAACACAACAUCCCUGUGGGAACACUGGCAGCUGUCUUCACCUCGUGGUUCCUGUAUCUGGUCUUUGCCUUCCUCCUCGGGGCCAUCUGCACCAGAGAAGCUCUGCGCUAUGACUUCUUGAUCGCAGAAAAGGUCUCCUUGGUGGGUUUCCUCUUUCUGCUGGGCCUCUAUGUCUCCUCCCUGGCUUCCUGCAUGGGCGGCCUGUACGGAGCACCCAGGAUCCUGCAGUGCAUCGCCCAGGAGAGGGUGAUCCCGGCUCUGGCCUGUCUGGGAAAAGGGGUGGGUAUUGCAGCUCGAUUCAGCUUUUUCACGUGGCUUAAAUCAACACUGAAUAAUAUUUGCAGGGGAAAAGGAUCUCCCCGGGAUGAGGUCAUAGUGACACCCUCUCUGUCUGGGGUCGGGCUGAAAACCAGGCAGCUGACGGAGGAGAAUGCUGACUUUGCCUCUCGCCACCGCUACCACCAAUCCUCAUUCAUCGUGUCCAACAAGAUGGUGCAACCACCAUUACCACGCUGACUGAAUCAGACACUGCUCCUGUUGCAUGUCGUACAGCUGACAACCCAAACCCACAUUUUCUGCCUCAAACUGUGUCUCGUGUUGUGCCACAUUUGUUCUCACAGUGACAUUCAGCGACACCACACUGAGGAAAUCUGAACUGUUUCUAGAGUUGCAGUGAGUGUUUCUGUUGCGAGAGAACGAGAGUGGAUGUAGCUGGAGUUUGUCGUCUUUUUCUUCCAUUAAAGAAAACAUUUUGUCUUAACAUACCUUUAUUUUCUUAACUCUUACUGAUAUAUCAGUGAAAACUCACCACUGUUUGUCAGAUUCUUCUAUUGCUGGGCCACUUCCAGGACGUCCAGCCACCAUGGUGCUGAUUUAAAAAAUAUUAUCCUGUGCACAUGCCAC